AUGUCAGGGGCGAUAGUGAGGGAUAUCAAGCUGCUAAGCGAUAUGUGCGACUUGUUAUUCUCGAUCUUAUUCCUACUUGAGCUUCAGUACCACCGAUCUCGCGUGUGUAUCAAUGGCAAUCACGAGACCAUCACGUCUGCGGGCCACCUGAACAUCUACCCGUACAAAGAAGACAUACAACUUGAGGCUGAGAAAUACUUGGGCUACAUUAAACGCGUGUACUCACCGAUCACGGAGGAAGCGAAGGCUGCGCUGCACACUCAAGAAUGA